ACACCAUUUACAAACUACAACAUUCAUUCUUCAAAUUAUAACAAUCUUAUAGAAGAGCAAUAAUAAAUUAUAUUUUGAUUUUUAUUGCUUAUUAUUCUAUAACAAAACAUGGCCUCUCUUUUUAACUCCCUUGUAACUUUUGCUCUUUUUUCCUCCCUUUUGGUUCAAGGCACCCUAGGGGGUAUAACAUGUGAGCAGCUUAACAAGGAGGAAUGUGCAUUCGCGGUAUCAUCUAUAGGCAAGCGUUGCGUGCUAGAGAAGUAUGUGCGAAGGAGUGGAUUGGAGGCAUUUAAGUGUACUACAUCUGCCAUCGAGGCUGACAAGCUCAAGGACUUGGUUGAGACUAGCCAUUGUAUUCAAGCUUGUGGCUUAGACCGCGAUACCUUAGGGAUUUCUUCGGACUCUCUUCUCGAGUCCCGCUUUACCCAAAAGCUUUGCUCCCCACAAUGUUACCAAAGGUGCCCUAAUGUCAUCGAUCUUUACUUCAAUCUUGCUGCCGGUGAAGGUGUAUAUCUUCCCAAAUUAUGUGAGACACAAAGCGAAAACCCGAGGAGAGGGAUGUCUGAAAUGAAGAGCUCAGGCAUAGCAACACCAGGGCCAAUAUCAGCUACAAAUUUGUUGGGUGCUCCAAUUAUUUCUGUUGAGUUGGGUGCUGCUGCUGAUGCACCAAUUGGGUCUCCUACUUCUUACAUUGAGUUGAGUGAUGAACCUGUUGAUGCUCCAGCUCCAACUCCAGCUUUGCCUCCUUAUUACUAAAUUUCUAGCCCAAGUGCAAGAAGAUUUUACGGAUACUUCGUUAAAUGCUUUCAUAUACAUUUCAUGCAAGAUCGAAGCAGCAGGACCAUUAUAUUCCUGGUGUUAGUUUGUUGGAUGACUUAAACUGUACCAUUGCCCAUGUGGCAUGUAUUAAUGUAUUAUUAUAUACAUGGAGUAACAGUUUUAUUUUUAUACUGUACCAUCUAUGAUUUUCAAAGCUACCCUUGAAUAAAACAUAUUGACAUCAUCAAUAACG